AUGUGCAAGACACACGGUGUGGAGAGGCGACCCCCGCUCUCCGCAGCCUGCGGGGGCUUCCUGACGCAGUUCCGGGGCAGCUUCCAGUCCCCGAACUACCCGGACCACUACGACGACUUAUCGGAGUGCCGCUGGUACAUCUUCGCGCCCAGGGAGUUCGCCAUCCUCAUCGAGAAGCACUCCAUCGAUAUCGAGGACGACGCCGCCAGGGCCGACUGUCCCUACGACCACCUCAAAUACUCGUUCGGGAACUGGAAGAAAACCUUCUGUGGACGAGGUCUGGUUGAGCCUAUUCUCCUGGACACGAACUUCGUCACGGUGAUCUUGAAGACGGACGCAAGCAUGUCUGGCUCGGGAUUUAACAUAUCAUACAGAUUUGUGCUGCCGCCGUGCGCGCAGACCUUCACCGCCAGCCAGGGUCUCAUGGAGAUUCCCGAGGACAAGAGCAAGCGCACAGCCGUGAUCCUCCGAAGGCGCUGGUGCUUUCGCAGCUCCCGGGGAAACACGUACCAGUUCACCUUCGACUACUUUGACACCGUUGGGGACCCUCCGAAGUGCAAGCACAUGUACCUCAAAGUGCUGGAAAAGAACGAGGGCCAGAUGCGAAGCCACCCGCGGCUCUGCGGCAAGGUCAUUCCGGAACCCGUGCACACGCGCAGCAGCUCGGUGUCCCUGCUGUUCCUGAGCGACCGGGCGCUGGACAAGAACGGCCUGCACGUCCGCUGGAAGGUGUUCGGCUGCAACGAGGACCGCAGCGAGCCCUCGGGCCAGCUCCGGUUCCCCAGGGACGGCGUGUUCAUCGCUUACCCGGCCACAUGCGUCUGGACCCUCAUCGCCAGCCAGGACCAGACUGUCGAGCUCAGCGUGCGCAAGCUCAACCUGGAGCGUUGCGACGUGGAGUAUCUAAGGGUCUUUGAAGGGCAAGAAGAAGGCCGCGCAUUGCUGGACGACCUCUGCCAGCUGGAUUCGUCGGUCGUCAUCACGUCCACACGAAGAGUCAUGUCCCUGCACCUACGAAUGCAGUCGCUCAGGGAAGAAGCGGUCGAGGCAUCCUAUCAGCUGAAGGCCGUGCCCUGCGGAGGCCUGUACGAAGCCAGCGAGGGCUCACUCGUGUCCCCCAGGGAUCUGGCGAACGUGGACGGCGGUGUGACCUGCAUCUGGAUCAUUCGCGUCAAGACGGGCUACCUGCCCCGAAUCGAGUUCCAAGACUUUAGCUUCACGGAGUCCCAGAAUUGUUCCGCCGCAUACCUCGAGGCGUACUUUAUCAGCAAAGGCAAUCAGAUGCAGCUGAUGCCCCGGCGAUGCGCAGAAGAGCCGCCUCCCGUCGUGGUGGGAAUCGACAACGAGGUGCGCGUCAGACUGCACGUGGCACAGAGAGAUCCACACACGAGCUUCCGGCUUCGAUUUCGCUCUGUGUGCGAGAUGAUGGUGAUAGCCAACCGGACCGGAGGCGUUGCACAGUCGAACUCUUUCCCAAACCUCUACGUGCACGAGUCCGAGUGCAGUUGGAACGUGUACGCACCGAAAGGUGAACGGCUCGCCCUGUUCCUGACGGAGCUGCGGUUCAGCAAAACCAAGUACUGCGCCGUCAGCACGCUGACGGUGCAAGACGGCACACAGCCGACGUCGCAGGUGAUGGCGAUCCUGACCAAGCCCGAGUCGAGAGCCUUCCUGUCCAGCGAAGACUCCCUCUCCCUUCGCAUAUGUGGCGGAGUCAUGAAGUUCGCCUACAUGUCGGUUCCGGGAGCGGACUGUACCUCCACCAAGCUCGAGGCUCCUGCGGAAAUUGCCCGCAACAUAGACCCGAAGGAACAAAGUGACUCUGCAAUUGUUUGGGAAGAGAUUGACCAGAUUCCGAACUAGGGGCUCAAC